CCCGACUUGCUUAUUUCACAAAGCCAGGUUCGACUGCGGUUGAAAUCCAGAACGAGUGAAAGGCUCUGAACCGACUGCGAUCCGACGACAACUCUGCGCACAAACCCGAAUCUGCAGCCAAUCCUGAGCUGCCACUCGUCCCCUUGUUUUCGAGUAAACCUGCAAAUAAGAAUCCAGCGUCAGAUUUGGCAAUUUCUCUGUUUUGUGCGACACUUGUUUGAAAUUUCGACACCAAAUUAGAGACCCUGCUGCUGAUUUGAGAUCAAAAUGUGAUCUUCAAUGUAUAGGAUCAGGUCCAUGUUGAUGAGGAUGAGCUUUGAGUUUGUAACUGCUGUCCGUUAGAGGUUUUCUAGACAGCCAAGAGCACGGGGGCCUCUGGAUGCCGAAUUGCAGUCAGGCAGCUGCAGAACUGUAUUGAGGAUUUGACGGAGACCAUUCUCACACUGCUGUGAAGCGGACGGAAGGGCUGCUCCUUGUCGCAAACUGUGGAAAUGUGUUGAUCAACGAUCCCAUGACCUAGAAAUAGUUUGAGUUCUGAUAAAGAUUUGUCACUUCCGAAGAUCAGGCCCGAAGUCCGAAGAAAGUGGAGAACAAUGGCAACUGCAGAGGCUUUCGACAAGAUCAACAUGACACCCGAGGAAGUGAAGAAUAUGACUCAUAUGAUGAAGGACCCUAAGUUUAUGGAACUUUUUGCCGAUUAUGCCAAGGAGAUGUCCGAUCCCAACAACAGAAAGGAGAUGGAGGAUGCUCUGCGAGAGGCAGAGAACAGAGGAGAGAAAGUUCCAGGGUUUCCAGAGGAUAAGGAGCUCCUGAUCCCUAGCACUGCAUUUUGCGCCAAGACAAAGAACGAGAAAACUGGUGCUAAGGUGUUCAUCAACAUUUGCUACUCAGACAAGAUUGCCAAGCCCAAAGGCACAGAAGCUAAGGAUAAAAGCGGUACAGCAUGGGAGAUCCCCUACUCUUUGGGCCCUGCUCAAACUGACGUCGAUAAAAGAGGAGCUGCUUGUGAAGUACAUGACUUCGUUGUCGCUACCGAAACUCACCACAUGGCCCGGAUGGAUAAGCGUUUCAAGAAUUUUCUGGUUGAAACUGCCGUGGAUGCUGUCCAAACACAACGUGCUGUACAGCUCUCUCGAGAUUUCAGCCUCCCCAAGCUAACGUACAAGGGCCCGAAUAAAGAACCCAAGAUGCUUACGAUACCGAAGGGGCCCUAUAAAUCUCCCGCGAGUCAUCCCCAACUACGAGCAGGUGUUAGGGUGCCUGAUCCAGUCACAAAGAAGCCAAAAUCAGAGAAGAAAUCGAGACCUGUUGCAGAGUCCAGAAGUGCGACAAUGACACCGGUUGCCGACAAUAAAGAAUGUCCGAAUUCGAGCGGCGAGGUUGAACCAAAGUUUGAGGUGGUUUACAGAAAUCAUCUAAACUUCACAAAGUUUUGGGAUGACAAUGCCAACUUACCGACUGAGCACGAACAGCCUACAGACAUCAUCUUGCGAGUAGAACUUCCGAAAGUGAUGACAAUGCAGGACAUCGAGUUGGAGGUCACGGAGCAAAACGUCCGUGUAGCGGUUCCAGGAAGGUACAUCCUGCAGCUCCAUUUAAGAUACAAGGUCGACGAAGAGAAAGGUCAAGCGAAGUUCGACAAAUCCAAGCAGCAGCUGCACAUCACGCUCCCGAUUUGCCAUCCACCACUCAAAGCAUGAAGUCGACACUGACUCAUGUCUCCUUCGUGAAAACAUGUUCUAGUACUCAUGGUCCUCACUUAGCAUAAGCAUCAUGUCUCAUAUUUGACACUUGAAUCAUUGAAUAAUAUGUUACAUUUUUGUACCCAGCGUACAUAUGACUGAGAAAGGUGUAUUAAAUCCUGUAUCUUAAUAGUAAAAGAAAUCAACCUACAUUAACUAU